GUGAUUUGUGGAAUUCUGAACCCGGAAGUCGCUGUGAAUCGUGAAGUUCUGAGGGAAGCUGCUUGGUCAACUCUUAUUCAAAACUUUGGGCAGACUUAUUUAACUGCUGUUUUCACAAGCUGAAUCCGUAGUCUCCUGACGAAUCCUGUUCGUACGGGUUACGUGGCUUCCAGACGAGUGUGAAGUGGCGUUUAAAGUGCUCCUCAUGGCAUUAUUUUGGGCGAGAGAGCAGUAAUUCGCAGAGCCCUGUAGAUCAGAUCAGCCAGAGGUCGCAGAACUGCAGUGUAAGCGGUGGUCUCUCAGGACUGUAAGAUGACUGAGUAUAAGUUGGUGGUUGUGGGAGCAGGUGGUGUUGGGAAGAGUGCUUUAACCAUCCAGCUCAUUCAGAAUCACUUUGUGGAUGAAUAUGACCCUACUAUUGAGGACUCUUACAGGAAGCAGGUGGUCAUUGACGGUGAGACGUGUCUGCUGGAUAUCCUGGACACUGCAGGUCAGGAAGAGUACAGCGCAAUGAGGGACCAGUACAUGAGGACAGGAGAGGGUUUCCUCUGUGUCUUUGCCAUAAAUAACAGCAAAUCCUUUGCAGAUGUGCAUUUGUACAGAGAACAGAUCAAGCGCGUGAAGGACUCCGAUGAUGUUCCCAUGGUCCUAGUGGGGAACAAGUGUGAUUUGGCCAGAACGGUGGACACCAAGCAAGCUCAGGAACUUGCCAGAAGCUACGGCAUAGAGUUUGUAGAAACUUCUGCCAAGACCAGACAGGGAGUUGAGGAUGCUUUUUACACCCUUGUCCGUGAGAUCCGGCAUUAUCGCAUGAAAAAGCUCAACAGCAGAGAAGACAGAAAGCAGGGCUGUCUGGGCGUGUCCUGUGAAGUCAUGUGACUGCACUGUUGUUGUUGUUUUGUUUUUUAGCAGUUUUUUGACCAGGCAGCUGGAAGCCUCAUGACCGUGUGUGUGUGUGUGUGUGUGUGUGUGUGUGUGUGUGUGCACACAGAGUUUGCUCUCUGCUGGCUGAAAGGGAUUCAUGCACAACUGGUCAUCUUUCCUGUUGGCCUGCUGUAAUAGAAAAAUGAGGCCAUUGGACAUUUACUUGUCUUAACAGAGGCCCAGUUGUCUAAUUUAGUACUUGGGUUUUGCCUCUUCCUUAAGAAGAAAAACCUAAACGGGCAUUGAGUUCUUCUUUCUUGACUUCUGACCUGUUAUGAACACAACACCACAUUUCACCACAGAAUUUAAAGAGUAAUUAAGAAAUUAUGUUUUGAAGAUUUUUUUUCAAAUUUCAUGGACAUUUAUCACUUCCCCCAACAAAUUCUCAUCAUAAUGCAUCCAAAUCUUUGCAUGCAAUUCCUAUUAUUCUCAGUGGUGAUUCCCAUUUUUGUGAUGCAAUACAUUUUACUGUUAUAUGUUUUUUUUUUUUUUUUUGUAGUCUAACACCUACUAGUACAAUGCAUAAAUAUUUUACAGUUUUUUUUUUUUUCCAUUACAGUAAUGAGAAUUAGGGGGGAGAUGUGCUUAAUUGUCAAUAAAUAUGACAAAAAUUUCACAAUGCAAAAACUCGUAAUAGUUCUAAAAAAUAGUAUUAAUAUUUGUUUACCCAAAAUAUAAGUUCGCAUUUGUUAUUUAGAUUUUUAGGGUGAAACCUGGACCCUUUCUUAUCAGUUUUUUUACAUUCACCCAAAAAUGUUUUAAUUACAAGAAGUAUAUAUUUCAGGGAAGAGAAGGAAUUGUGUUUUUGAAUGGUAUUUAAAUUGGGAUUUAUGUAAUAUUAGACUAUCACCAUUCAUCUUAAUAUAAAAGCUGUUAUCUUCAGUUCUUUAUUAAAAACUCAGACCUGAUGUUUGUAAAGGCCUCAGAAGAGAGAACGUGAAACACCCAUUAAUCUUAAUCCGCAGGUUCAAUGCUCAGGAAUACUGUGAAUGCAGAAGUUCUUCAGAAAUGCGUAGAAUUAUUUCUGUUUAUUUCUUUCCCUUUUGCCUUUAUUUUUCUUUUUUGUUGUAGCCAAAGAGUUUUAGCAUUUAAGUUUACUGUUUGUCUCAUAUACUGUAGUUCCAUUUACUCUAGAGUCUAGAGUUUCUUUUUAUCCUCUUUGCUCUCAGAUGUUAAUUGUAUAUUUUGACAUAUAAUACAUAAUGAUUAGAAUGAUUUUAGAUACAGAAAAGUCAAUCGGAUGGGAUGUGAUGGAUCUUACAUAAAGGGCCUUUUGAAUCAUGGUGCUGCUGGUGUACAUGCCAAAUCUGUGUGCCACCUUCUGUGUCCUAUAGAGCAUGACAUCUUUUAGCUCUUGUUAAAUAAUGUCUUAAAUCUUCCAAUCAAGACUGUAAAAAUGUAACAGACCAUAGUGAGCUUUGUUGCAAUGUUUAUUUUCAUGCCUGAAGUCUCUUCUUGAAAGCCAGUGAAGGUUUAUCAAGAAGUUAAAACGAUUAUUCGUGUUGACUAUCAUGUUAUUUAUAUGGCAUUUAUCUGAACCUGUGCCUGAUUUCAUUAACAGUGAAACCUGAAACAUGUUCCCAUUAAUCAUACUGUGUUUGACCUUCUAUCUUUGCUUUAACGGAGGCAGGGUGUUUUCCAGAAAAUACAAACUAAGUUUGUCAUUACAUUACCAAUCCAUUCUUUUUCAGCUAUAUGAAAACUUGAUUUAUAAUGUAUUUUGCAGUUUUAGCACAAUUUAUUAGUAUCACAGACUUUCUUUAAUCAGAAAAUUGUGAAAACGAACAUUUCAUGUCUUUAUUUGGGGGGGUAUUAAUGUGUAACGUAUGUUUAAUGUGCCUAUCAUAUUACAAAACGUUUUGCCAGUAAAUUAAUUGAAAACUGA